AUGGAAACAAUUGUGAUAGACAAUGGUUCUUAUGUCAUGAGGGCAGGUUUUGCUGGUGAAGAAGAACCAAGGUCAAUAAUCCGAUCCGUGGUGGGGCGACCAAAGCACGCACAUUUACCGAUAGUCUUCAACCCAAAUGAGGACGUUUUUUAUGGUGACGAUGCUUAUAACAAAUAUCAAAUACUUAACUUGACUUAUCCCAUUAAAAACAGUGUUAUUACUAAUGCCAAAUAUUUUGGUAACACAUAUACUUCGUUUGAUGAUAUGGAAGGUCUCUGGAAUCAAACGUUUGUUACAGAUCUAAAGAUAACUCCUUCAGACCGUUCUGUCCUUUUGUCGGAAUGUCCAUUCAAUCCCGUUGAGACAAAGUCGAAAACAGCACAACUCUUUUUCGAGAAAUUUGGUGUGAAGUCGCUGUCCUUUAAAGCACAACAAAUUUUAAGUUUAACAUCCACUGGGAGACACACAGGUGUUGUACUGGACUGUGGUCUUUCAGCAUCAUGGUGUGUCCCUAUAGUCGACUGCGAGUGUGUUAAAGACUCGAUUGUUCAGACUCAAGUGGGUGGUCGACACAUCGACGACUAUUUAGUCCAACUGCUUAAAGAACGAUCAAAAUACACAUAUGAAGAUCCUCUUGGUCGCGUGACAAGAGACAUCAAAGAGAAGUUAUCAUAUGUUUCAACAAAUGACAACGUCGACGAAAAGUCCAUAUCCAAGGAAUAUGAGUUACCAGACAAGACUUCAAUCACUAUUGGAAAAGAGAGGUACUUGUGUACUCAACCCCUUUUCGACCCAGCACUCAUCAAUAUUGAAGGCGAUGGAAUACCAAAAUCUAUAGACAAUGCCAUCACUAAGUGUGAUAAUGAUCUUUUGCAAAUGAUGUACGGCAAUAUAGUCAUUACAGGAGGGUCUUCUUAUAGCUUUAAUGGUUUGAUGUAUAAAUUACAGAAUGAAUUGACAAAACUCGCGCCCCCAAAGAUUAAAAUACUAUGUCAGUCAGAUCCCAACACUUCUUUGAUGACUUGGGUUGGUGGCUCUCUCAUCGCCUGUCAGUCUUCUUUUAGUAAUAUUGAAAUCACAAAAGCAAUGUACAACGAGUUUGGCGUUUCUUUGUUUACCAAAAAGUGA